UUUUCUAAAGAAUUUUAUUUACUUUUUAAUUUUCUAAUUAUUCUAGUCUACAACAAAAACCCCUAAAACGUAAAAACCCUACAAUCUGCGUAACCUAGUUCUUUCUCUUCUCUCUCACCAACAACAAGCCACUCACAGACUGUGAACUAAUUGAAGAUGACUCGCGGCAUAAAACAUCGUCAAAAGGCAAAGAGCAAGAACAAGAAACGGAGUGAAUCAUCUUCGGCGGCGGCGCCGCCACAGGUUCCGGUAAAAGUGUGGCAACCUGGUGUGGAUAAGUUGGAAGAAGAUGAAGAGCUUCAGUGUGAUCCUUCUGCUUACAACUCUCUUCAUGCUUUUCAUAUUGGAUGGCCUUGCCUUAGCUUCGAUAUUUUACGUGACACCAUGGGUUUAGUUCGAACAGAAUUUCCACACACAGUGUAUUUCAUUACAGGGACACAGGCUGAGAAACCUUCUUGGAAUUCUAUUGGGAUUUUUAAAGUAUCCAAUAUUUCUGGGAAGAGACGUGAGCCGGUGCCUAAACGUGAAACUGAUGACUCUGAAAUGGAUGGUGAGGAUAGUGAUAGCGAGGAUGAUAGUGAAGACGAAGAAGAAGGUGGUGCCGGUGGUCCUACUUUGCAGUUGCGGAAGGUAACUCACGAAGGUUGUAUUAACCGGAUACGCUCCAUGGCACAAAAUCCCCAUAUAUGUGCAUCUUGGGCAGAAUCUGGUCAUGUGCAGAUCUGGGACAUGAGCUCUCAUCUUAAUGCUCUAGCAGAGACAGAAACCGAUGGUGUCCAAGGAGUUGAUGCAGUUCAGGCUCCACUACAAAAAUUUAAGCACAAAGAUGAAGGCUAUGCUAUAGACUGGAGUCCUCUUGUUCCAGGGAGGCUUGUAUCCGGGGAUUGCAAUAAUAGUAUUUAUCUGUGGGAGCCUACAUCUGCUGCAACAUGGAAUAUUGAAAAAACUCCUUUUACUGGACAUACUGAUAGUGUUGAAGAUCUGCAAUGGAGCCCUACAGAACCUCAUGUUUUUGCUUCUUGCUCUGUGGAUAAAAGCAUUGCAAUAUGGGAUACUCGUUUGGGGAGGUCACCAGCUGCGUCUUUUCAAGCACACAAGGCUGAUGUGAAUGUAUUGUCAUGGAACAGGUUGGCUAGUUGUAUGUUGGCGUCGGGUAGUGAUGAUGGGACUAUAUCUAUUCGUGAUCUCAGACUGCUUAAGGAAGGAGAUUCCGUGGUAGCGCAUUUUGAAUACCAUAAGCAUCCAAUCACAUCCAUUGAGUGGAGUCCACACGAAGCUUCUUCAUUGGCUGUUUCAUCCGCUGAUAAUCAACUUACAAUAUGGGACCUUUCUUUGGAAAAGGACGAGGAAGAGGAGGCUGAAUUUAGAGCUAAAACCCAAGAACAAGUAAAUGCUCCUGAAGAUCUGCCUCCCCAACUAUUGUUUAUUCACCAGGGACAAAAAGACCCCAAAGAACUGCAUUGGCACACACAGAUUCCUGGAAUGAUAGUAUGUACUGCAGCAGAUGGAUUCAACGUCCUCAUGCCUUCAAAUAUUCAGAGCACCUUGCCAUCAGAAGCUGCAUGAUACACGGCAUUGCUGUUCAGUUUUCAAGCACCUUACAAGGCAGUAUCUGCUAUAGGUAUUGUUAUUUUAGUUUGGACAAGGUGCUUCACUGUGCAACCAUCCUGAAUCUAAGUUACGCCAGAGAAAUUUUGCUUUUGUACUUUUUUGUUUGCUUUUCUGUUUAUCUUUCUAUUAAUUCCUUAUCUGCUUGUGCUAAGUUUUGUAAUAUUUGAGUCGAGUGUUUUGAGAUGGUGGUGGAAGCUAAACUGAGAUAUUAUCAUUAUUUAUGCAAACUUUGCUUGUAUUAUGUUUCUUUUCGACUAAAAAAUAUUCUUGUUUAUGUUA